GUGGCGGGCGGAGCGCAGGAGAGGCGCGCGGGGCUGUGCGGCGCCGCCUCUCCCCGGGGCCGGGCGGGAGCACAGCCGGCCCGACCGAGCGGCUGGAGCGGGGAGCUGCAUGCAACCGGUGGGAGGCCGGGCCGCUGCUCGCCGCGUCCCCCGCGGCGGCUCGGAGCUGGCAGGCGGAGGGUCGUCUCCCGCGCCCGCCUGCCCGGCGUGGUCCGAGGAUGCGGGGGGGCGAUGCCCGGGGCCAGGGACGCGCUCUGUCACCAGGCGCUGCAGCUGCUGGCCGAGCUCUGUGCCCGCGGGGCCCUGGAGCACGACAGCUGCCAGGAUUUCAUCUACCACCUGCGGGACCGCGCCAGACCCCGGCUCCGCGACCCAGAUAUCUCAGUGAGCUUGUUGACCCUUGUGGUCACUGCCUGUGGCCUCGCUCUCUUUGGUGUGUCUCUCUUCGUUUCUUGGAAACUCUGCUGGGUUCCGUGGAGGGAACGUGGCCUGUUCUCUGGUAGCAAAGACAACAAUCAGGAGCCUCUUAACUACACGGACACAGAGACUAAUGAGCAGGAGAACAGUGAGGGCUUCUUAGACCCUCCCACUCCCUGCCCUGACUCCUCCAUGAAGAUCAGCCACACCUCCCCUGACAUCCCCCUCUCCACCCAAGCUGGGGGCCAGGAAAAUUGUGCCCAUGGUGUUCGUGUACAGCGCCAAGUCACAGAGCCAACCUCAUCGUCUCGGCAUAAUUCAAUCCGAAGACAACUCAACUUGUCAAAUCCUGACUUUAAUAUCCAGCAGCUUCAAAAACAGGAACAGUUGACUGGAAUUGGUCGAAUUAAACCCGAAUUAUAUAAGCAGAGGUCAUUGGAUAAUGAUGAUGGAAGAAGGAGUAACAGCAAAGCCUGUGGGAAACUGAACUUCAUAUUAAAAUAUGACUGUGACUUGGAGCAGCUCAUAGUGAAGAUUCACAAAGCUGUCAAUUUGCCAGCCAAGGACUUUUCUGGGACUUCAGAUCCUUAUGUCAAGAUCUAUUUGCUUCCUGAUAGGAAAACAAAACACCAGACUAAAGUUCACAGAAAGACCCUGAACCCUGUGUUUGAUGAAGUGUUUUUGUUUCCAGUUCCCUACAAUGACCUUGAAGCACGGAAGCUUCACUUCUCUGUGUAUGACUUUGAUAGGUUUUCUCGACAUGACUUAAUCGGCCAAGUUGUGGUGGAUCACUUCUUAGACUUGGCUGAUUUCCCCCGGGAAUGCGUCCUUUGGAAGGAUAUCGAAUAUGUCACCAAUGACAAUGUGGAUCUGGGAGAGCUGAUGUUUUCCCUCUGCUAUCUCCCUACUGCUGGCAGACUGACCAUUACCAUUAUAAAAGCAAGGAAUUUAAAGGCAAUGGACAUAACAGGAGCCUCAGAUCCCUACGUGAAAGUCUCACUGAUGUGUGAUGGCAGACGACUAAAGAAGAGGAAAACGUCCACAAAGAGGAACACUCUGAAUCCUGUUUACAAUGAAGCCAUAGUCUUUGACGUCCCUCCUGAGAACAUUGACCAAAUCCACUUGUCCAUAGCAGUCAUGGACUAUGACCGUGUAGGUCACAAUGAGAUCAUCGGCGUGUGUCAAGUAGGCAACGAAGCUGAACGGUUGGGCAGAGACCACUGGAAUGAAAUGUUGUCAUAUCCACGGAAGCCUAUAGCACACUGGCAUUCCCUUGUGGAGAAACGAUGACUAUGCUUAGAGGACGGCUUGUGCCAAGGACACAGUGGAACAACCAUCUUGCCAAGAUCUUGAGUAACUUUUCCCAACCAACAACACCCAGACAACUCCAGUGACCAAAUGUUCAGCUGUAACCACAGCAAUAACUGGCCCUCUUUCCAGAUUGGGUUUGGUGACCGAAACCAGCACAGCCACUUCCAGAGGCCAUAGGUGGUGGGUGUGCUGUAGGAGAAGCCUGUCUCUCAUGGCCAAGAAUCAAGACUGAACUCUGGAAGAAACCACCAGACACAGUGAG